GCAGAAACUAAAAUCCUAGGAUAAUUAUUGGUGGGGGGAUUUGGGGGGGGGAAGGAGACUCCAGUCCUGAUUUAAGGGGUCAAAAAAUUCCUUGUGAGUUGAUGUUCAUCUCUUACCUGUAUAAAAUACUGUACUUUAUUGCCUGCCACUUUUCUGCUUCCUUUCGAGAGUGAAUGAAAUCUCAGUUGAUAAGGAAGAGAGAACUUUGGGUAAUCUCCGAGAAGGAGAAAGGAGGAGGAAAUAUUCAGGACUAUCUGGAAAGGCUUCUUUAAUGUUGUUCCCCCUGCACCAUUGCAAGCAUCAUUGCCUGGUUUGGGUGGGGCAUCCAGGCGUGGGAGCUUUUCAAGGAGACAGAGACCUGAACGCUGCUGCAGCUCCCAGGGCGACCUGGGUGGGGUGGAAGCUGUAAAAAGCAAUUGGCUGUGUGCUUUGCAUCCUAGGUGACGAAUGCAAGGAGGAGCACUUUCUCCUGCAUCCUCAGCAGGGACCAGAGGCAAGGGAUUGGUUCUUUCUGCAACCUAGGUAACCAGCACAGGGCGGAGCCUGGCUCCCUCUGCAUCCUCCGCGGUGACCUGGGGGAGGGGACUGCCUCCGGCUGCAGCCUAGGUAACGGGCGUGUGUGGGGGUGUUGUCUCAGUCUCACUGCAGCCACAGCACAACACAUGGGGUGGGGAUUCCAUCUCUGCAGCUUGGGCAUUGAGCAGGGGGUGGGGAUUUGACGGAACUCCUCUCUCUAAACGACAAGCAGAGGAGUGCUGAGGAUUGGAUCUCAUGCUGGAGCGAGGGGAGGGAGGAGGACUGGCUAUAGCACAGCACCUGUGGGUCACAUGCUGGAAAGGAGGGGGGGCUUCCAAACAACUUGGGGGCAGCUAGCAAGCCUGCCAAAAAAAGAGCAACUGCUAACUGAAACUGGAGAUGUCUGUCCGGCACUCAGCUUGGGUCACCCAGCUCUGCCUGCCCGGAAUCUGCGCUCUACAUAGACCAUGAUCUGGGUGGACAGCUCUGGGAGCGGCAGCUGGGGACAUGAGAAAGGUAUCCCUUCUUUUUAACCCUUUUCUCACCCCUUAUGCCUGUCUGCUGCUUGCUUUUAUGGUAGAUCCAAGCCAAAUCUCUCCUUUAGGUACAAUGUACUGAAAAGAUUUGCAGUAGGAAAGGAUGUGCCAUACUUUGACUGAGGGAUAGAUUGGGAGAGAAGAGAGAAAUGGAGUGUAUGUAGUAACUUGGCUGUUCUGAUCAAUAUACAAAAGAAAUAAUAUUGGAAGAACAGGGUAUCAUCAUGGCUUGAGUCCUUAAUUUAUGUGGAUCUUUCAGUGGUGCUUUAGUUAUGAAAAGAAAAUUAUGUUGAUGAUAUAUGCAUACAAAUGUAUUUUGUGCCAGUGAUUUUCACAGAAGGUGGAGGGAGAUGGACAGAAUUCUAAAAUAGUAGAAUACUUGUUAGAAAGACAAGGCAGUUGAGAGAAAUAGAUAGCUAUGUUUGAAAAUAAGGAUGUCUUUGAUCCAUGUGGAUGUUAUGGCCUGUUUUACUAUGGAAGGUGGGGUGAGCGAAGGGUGUACCUAAUGAGACCAUUGUCAGAUCUUUCCACCCACAUCACCCCAUUACUUCCAAACAUUCAUAAUCUGGAAAUAACUAGAGAAGGCAUACAUUUGGAUUAGAAUCUUCAAUUUGAAUAAAUAUUUGGUGAGGAGGAACAUGCUAAAGGAGAGGGCAAAGUUGUUUUGUUCAAAACAUCUAUUUGUAUUGAAUGUUCCAUGGAAGAAAGCUUGUAUUUUGCAGUUAGGGAGGGGUGUUUUAAAUUAAUUUGAAUGAAUGCCAAGUAGGGAGAGGAGGAAGAAGAUGUGAUCCAAAUGCAUGUUUGUGAUCAGUGAGGCCCUGGAAAAACAAUUGGGUUUUUUGAAGCUAGAGAUGCUGAAGGUCUAGGGAGGUCCAGGGCAGACUGAGGAUGGAAAGAGGAGCUAGCAGUUGCAGAAUAGGCUGUUUUAUAGUUUAGUUCUGAAAUAUGUGACCAGUGAUUGGAGUCAACACUGUAAUUGUUAAAUUAAGAUAGAGAUAUUGAAGCCAAGCUUAUUCUGAAUUAUUGUUCCCUAGAUAGAUGGAACAAUCAGUGCUCUGACAUUGGGUGGGGAAAUCAGAAUGAUUGCAACACUGCUGUAUUUUAUAUUCCCUAACGUUCUGAAAUAAAGGGCGCUUUACUCUGUUAUGUUCCUGUUUGUAAGGAAGUAAGGAGAAAUAACUUAAAAUGAGUACAUCUGGCAUCCUUAAUUCAGGACUUCUUUGCUACAUAUACAUGAUAUAGGCAUAAUUAUAAUUUGGGGUAGAAGUAUUUGGUUUCCAUUGGAAAUGGAAAUAUAGAAGGGUGGAGUCCCAAGUGCUGACCCAUCAGUGUAAUUCAGCCAGAAGAUUUUUUUGUAAUACUAAAAGAACACCCUACAGAAUGGGAAGGCAUCUCUGGGCCUGAAUGAAAGGAACAUCCUGCUGCAGUAUGUGAAUAAAUAUAGCUUUGGGAGAGGUUUGUCCUGCAGAGGAAGAAUUUUCAGGAUAUUGUAGGGCAUGGGAGGGGAAAGAAAUUUUUAAAGCGUGGUAGCCUUGCAAAGCCUUGUUUAAAGUCUGGUGUAGAGGAGGCCUGGUCACUGCUUUGUGGUUAGAAGCAGGCAAUUUUUUUUAGAGUGCAUUCAGCAGGGUGAUUGUUUUCAAUUUGAAGGACUGGUUAAGGUAGGCAGCUCUGCUGUCUGGAGCUGAGGGAGCUGGCAAGGCAUAGCACGCAUGGCAAGCCGGGUUCUCAAGUUGCAUCAGGUGGCUGAAAAUGCAGAGAAUCUCCACCCCUUUAUGCAAAUAGACAGAAUGGCACCACAGGCUGAUGCAAGCCCGCUAUGGAGCAGCAAUCCAGAAUGACAAUUGGCCCUCCCUCUCUCACCCAGCCAGCCGUCUGAGCAGUUAAAGCUGCAGACUCCCUCCUGCCUGGACAGAGAGAACAUUGCUGCGUAGCAUGGGCAGCGAGGAGGAGACAGCUCAGUUGCUGUCCAUGGAGUCCCUGGUUUGGGCCCCGGAGCAGCCCCUUUGCAGAGCCGCUCUUGGCAAGCUCCCUGUGCACAAUGGCUGUAGGUGGGGGGAAGAUGUCUGGAGCACCACGGCAGCAGAGAUGGCCGAGAAAAGGAUCAGGGGAGGAGGGACCACACCCCAUUCAGAAUGAAGGACGGCACUUAGAGGACAUUGAUUUAAUUGAUAUCCUGUGGAGACAGGAUAUUGACCUUGGUGCUGGGCGUGAGAUUUUUGACUACAGCCACCGCCAGAAGGAGAACGACGUGGAUAAAGAACCGAAUAACGGGGAGGAAUGUGGGGAUGGCUGGAGGAACAGAGGGGGCAGCAUCUCUGACAGAACUGUGGUAGUGGAUGGCGAGACAGGGGAGAGCUUUCCUGCACAGGUUCCUGGGGUUGAAGAUCAGACAGCUUUGUCUUUGGAGGAGUGCCUUAGGCUGCUGGAGGCCACAUUUCCCUUUGGGGAAAAUUCAGAGUUUCCAGCUGCAGAUGUUCCCAGCCUAACUGACUCUCUGCCUAACGAGAGUGGGCCUUCUGUCGUGUCAGACGGGCUCCUGUCUCCCCUUCUGACAGAGACAGAGUUGCCCUUUGAUCUGGAGCAGCAGUGGCAGGACCUCAUGUCUAUUAUGGAAACACAGAGCAUGGAGGUAAACAGCACAACAGCUGUAGAAACUCUAUACAACAGCCCAAGUGGAGAUCUUCUGACAGCCAACUACAGCCUUGCCCCAUCCACCCCUAUUAACCAGAAUGUCAGCCUGCAUCAGGCGUCGCUGGCUGGCUGCACACAAGACUUCCCUUCCCUGUUCAGCUCUGAAAUUGAAAGUCCCUCAGUGGCUGGUGGCUCAGCUUUGUUGCAGCUGGUUCCUGAUAACUCCACUGGCUUCAACACCACAUUUGGCUCUACCAACCUAAGUGGAAUCUUUUUCCCUCCUCAGCUAAACUGCACUGUAAAUGAAACAUCUGGGCCUGAACUCCCAGAUCCUCUUGGAGGGCUCCUGGAUGAAGCCAUGCUAGAUGAGAUUAGUUUAAUGGAUUUGGCUAUUGAAGAAGGCUUCAAUCCAGUGCAGGCAUCCCGCUUGGAAGAGGAAUUUGAUUCAGACUCAGGGCUCUCCCUGGACUCAAGUCACAGCCCUGCUUCUCUCAGCAGCUCAGAAGCAUCAUCAUCCUCUUCAGCCUCUUCCUCCUUUUCUGAGGAAGGAGCUGUUGGCUACAGUUCUGACACUGAAAAUGUGGACUUUGAAGAUGCAGAAGGAGCUGUUGGGUAUCAGCCAGAAUAUAGCAAGUUCUGUCGGAUGAGCUACCAGAAUCCUCCUCAGUUGCAGUACCUGCCUUAUCUUGAGCAUGUGGGUCACAAUCACACAUACAACAUGGCCCCUAGGACCUUAGACACUGAUGAGUCCCAGCCAGCUAGUGUGGGAAAGAAGAGUUCCAAAGAGAAGCAGGCAGAUUUUCUAGAUAAACAGAUGAGCAGAGAUGAACAUAGAGCUCGAGCCAUGAAGAUUCCUUUUCCCAAUGAAAAGAUCAUCAAUUUGCCAGUAGAGGAAUUCAAUGAACUCCUGUCCAAGUAUCAGUUGAGUGAAGCACAGCUGAGUCUAAUCCGUGAUAUUCGCAGAAGGGGUAAGAAUAAGAUGGCAGCCCAGAAUUGUCGUAAGAGAAAGCUGGACACUAUCCUCAAUCUGGAGCGGGAUGUAGAUGAUUUGCAGAGAGACAAGUCAAAGCUGCUCAGGGAGAAGGUGGAAUUCCUCAGGUCUAUCCGCCAGAUGAAGCAAAAGAUGCAGACCCUCUACCAGGAGGUAUUUGGUCGUCUGCGUGAUGAGAAUGGCCAGCCCUAUUCCCCAAAUCAGUAUGCUCUACAGCAUGCCAGUGAUGGCAGUGUUAUUCUAAUACCACGCUCCUUGGCUGACCAGCAGGGGCGGCGUCAAGAGAGGAAACAGAAAGACAGGAGGAAGUGAAAGAUGAUGGAUAUCAUUAGGAAAGCAUAAAACUUGCUGAAUCUGCAACUUGGAGAAGGGCUGAGCCCAGAAGAAUUUGGAGGAACUUUCAUGCCUUCUUAUCCAAUAUAUCUUCUCAAACCAUGAUAGCUGCCAGCCAGUGUAUAGGAGCAGACUGCUGGGCAGGGGGCCUACAAGUCUUGAGAGGCAGAAUGGCAAAGCAUGUUGGGAAAGACCUGUGCUUCCAGAAGCCUCAAACCAAUUGAACAUUAUGAGAGUAUGAAUUAGCUGGCAUAAUGUGUGUGGGGGGAGGGGGGAAAAUCUCAGCAGAGGAUAGAAAAUUUGAAUUGUUAAGCUGGCUUUUUGUAAAGGAAGAAAGGUUAAAUGGAUAGAUUGAGGAGACCUAAGAGUAUUUUUUUUCUUUGACUUUCCAAGUCUUGGGUAUUUCAGGUAGCUGGUUGGAUUUUUUUUAACUAGUUUGACAUCAAUUGUAUGCAGUUCAAAACCAUGCCUAAAUCCUAAUACUUAGCCAUGAUCUCUUCCUAGAUCUGUAUGUACGUAACUACAGAGGAAACACAGAAAAUUGUGUGUACUUAGGAGAGAAGAGAAACAUUUUCCCUCGAGCUGAAAGAGUUUUCCAUUCAAGGAAUGUAUAUGUGCUGCCAUUUUGAACUUCAGCAU